UUCAGUCCGUUUGCAGACCGUAACGCCUUAACCCGUCAGUGGAUCAAUCACAGUAGAACAGAGCUGUCAUAUCAGUCACAGUAAACUUAUAUAUUGCUUAUUAAAAGCAAAAGCGUCACUUUGACUAUAAUAAUGUCUUCACCAAAGAAAGGAGACCUGACCGACACAGAGAAAGAGCUACUUCAGGUUAUUGCUGCAGGAAAUGUGCAAGAAGCUUCCAGACUGCUUGGAUCCAAAGAUGUCAGGGUCAACUGUCUGGAUGAGUAUGGCAUGACCCCUCUCAUGCACGCUGCAUAUAAGGGCAAGGCGGACAUGUGCAAACUGCUGCUGCAGCACGGAGCAGACGUCAACUGCAACGAACAUGAACAUGGAUACACCGCACUCAUGUUUGCAGGACUCUCAGGAAAGACAGAUAUCACCUGGAUGAUGUUGGAUGCUGGAGCCGAGACGGAUGCAGUGAACUCAGUCGGGAGAACAGCAGCACAAAUGGCUGCUUUUGUAGGGCAGCACGACUGUGUGACAGUUAUCAAUAACUUCUUCUCUCGUGCGAGGUUGGAUUACUACACAAAACCACAGGGGCUGGAAAAGGAACCAAAACUCCCUCCUAAACUCGCUGGACCACUACACAAAAUUAUCAUGAGUACCAACCUCAACCCUGUGAAGAUAGUGAUGGUGGUGAAAGAAAACCCUCUGCUGAUGGAUGUGGAAGCACUUGAGAAGUGUCGCAAGGUUCUGGAGCUGAUCUGUGAGAAGUGCAUCAAACAGCAGGAUAUGAAUGAAGUGUUGGCCAUGAAGAUGCACUACCUCAGCUGUGUGCUGCAGAAAUGUGGCUCUUUCCUAAAAGAUCGACAGGACAAACUUGAUAGCCUCAUUAAGAGUCUUUUGAAAGGGCGAGACAGUGACGGCUUCCCGGUAUUCCAGGAGAAGUUCAUCCGGGAGUGCAUUAGGAAAUUUCCAUACUGUGAUGCCACAUUACUGCAGCAGCUGGUCCGAAGUAUCGCUCCAGUGGAAAUUGGAAGUGACCCAGCCGCUCUGUCAGUGCUCACCCAGGCCAUCACGGGGCAGGUGGGCUUCAUGGAUGCAGACUUCUGCACAUCCUGUGGUGAGAAAGGGGCAGAGAAAAGAUGCUCCAUUUGCAAAAUGGUGAUCUACUGUGGCCAGGCCUGUCAGAAACUGCACUGGUUCAGCCAUAAGAAGGUCUGUAAGAUGUUACAGGAGCAGAGAGAGAAACAUGAAGCUGAUUCAGCAUCACGACUACAGAAACAGGCCAAAGCUGAGGGUGAUCAAGCAUUGGAGGAGACGACCGGCACUAUGGAGGAGCUUUCCGUCAGUCAGAGUGAGACCAGCAGCUCUUCAGAUAACCAAACCGAGGACGUUAACUCUGAGACAGUGUCUGUAACUGCAGACUGAAUCACAAAGACUCAGCGUUUCAACCCAGCAACCAUCGUCAUCAUCAUUGAAGACCCAUCUAAGACAAACGAGAGCACAUCCGUAACAUCAGCCAGAGGUUUCUUCAUGGUUCUUGUACAGGAUGCUCGUCUGAAGCACAUAAUGUAGGGCAAAAACCACCAAAAGCUUUGCCACACCAAUGCACAUGAUGAAAGGUCUACGAGUGACAUUUUUUUUUAAAUAGUCUUUUUACAGUUAUGUUGGAAAAUUACAUGUAUUUAUGUUUGUGAAAAUCAUGCUGUCAUGCAUUUAGAGUUCUAUGUGUAAUGUAGGAUUUGCUUUAGGAAAGAUAUUGUAAUGUAUUGCUGCCUAUGCCUUAAAUUUUUUAGUCUGUUAUUAUGGAAAAGGAUAAAUGAAUAGUUGGCAACAGCUUUGUGUGAGUCUUCAUAAAGCUGUAGAAUUUAUGUAGCAGUUAUUUUUGGAGACAUCUGAUAUUGAAAUAAUGGUAAUGUUUCACAAAGCAGAUAAAUCUAUUUUCCGUCUUACAGUGACAAACUAUUAGAUCACAUGUUUUCUGAUGAACAUAUGUCAAAUAUAAGAUGUCACCUACUAAAACUGUUUAAGAAACAUAACUUAGACGCACACAUUAGUCUUGAAAAUGUUUAUUAAGAUUGAAAUGACAAUGUAAGAACUGUUUUUCAUUGAUUUAAACCACUUGGCCUUGUCGAAUGUUUCAUCGUGCGAACAAGAGUGACGGCAGGGGUCUGGAAAUCAUCUAGGUUUGACAGUAUGUCGGACUCAGGUUUGCUCGAGUCACUGAUGGAGACGUGUUUAUACUGGUCCAGUUCAUAAUGAAGAAUUGUAUGAUGGUCUUGGCCACUGAUGGAUUUUUUAGACCAGAAUGGCUGCUAAAGAAAACAUACAAAAUCAUCUCCUGUGGUACAUUUGCUGUAGCUUAAACAUUAAAAAUAUUAAAUACUCCAUCAUUGUGACAUUAACUCUGUACACCUCUUCCUUGAGCCAUGCUGACUUAUAACAAUAAAAAAUAUUUUAUAUUA